CAUAACGGGCUUGAAUUUCUGCUAGAUCCAGUGGAUAGGUACGAUGUAUAUCUUAGUACUAUGUUCUUUUCGAUCCAGAAAGGCAUGGACAAGGGGAAAUGCUGAAUGCUCUUCGUUUUCCCCAUGAUGCCGUAGAUUCCCACUGACUGAGGUCACUGCCGACGUUGAGCGGCCAGAUCCACUUGUGUUGAUGGACAUGCGGCGGUCAGCGCCGGCUACUGCCGACUCUUCUUGCGCGAUUGUAGUUGGCCACAUCCGUGCUUCCUCUCAGCAUAACAGAGCCCCUUGCAAGAGGCCGCUUUCACCAACCAAAUCCGCUGAGUCGACUGGAAAGGUUAACCCAGAAGCCCCAGGGUGGACAAGGAGGCUGCGAAUUGGGCGCGCUGCUCCGGAUAGAGUGCGAUGUGCUGGUAGAGUUACUCCUUUCAAAGAAACCAUAAGGAAAUAUGCUGACAAACCUUCAGAAAUUGUAAUGAAGCCGGAGAUUGGGAUGAGUUUCGAUUCCCUUGGAGAAGUGUACGAUUUCUGUAACCUCUAUUCAUGGGAACUUGGAUUGGUAUACGAUACCGCAAGAGUUGUUAAAAUGUUGAGAGGAUUAAAUGUAUGCAAGAGAUUAUCUGUGGAUGCUCGGGAAACCCUAAGCAACAGAAUAGCCGGUCUUGCCGUUGCGAGUGUCCUGCGAUGGUCAGAUUACUAAGAGCUAUAGACAAUGGAUGGUACACUGUAGAGCACCGGUCAAGUCACAAUCAUUCCAUGUCUCUUAAGUGCGGAGAAAAGGUUCAUUGGCCAUCCCACAAACACAUAGACGUUUACACAAAAGACUUGUUGAAACAACUUAGGGCAGACAAUGUGAACCUCAACAAGGUGUAUAUCAUAGUUGGCAGCUUCUUCGGUUCAUCACAGGGCGUACCUUUCACAAAAAGGUCAUUGCGCAAUCUGUGUGGGCAAAUAAGCCGAGACCAAGCUGAUGAUGAUGUCAACAAAACUCUAGCCAUGUUCAAAGAGAUUCAGCAGAACGACACGGAAUUCACCUACAGAGUCCAGGGCGAUGAGGAGAGCAGAAUCAAAGACCUUAUGUGGACAAACGGAAACAGCAAGUUGCAGUACAAGUUCUUCGGCGAUGUUAUCACAUUCGACACGACGUAUCGGACGAACUUGUAUGACAUGCCCUUUGGUUUGUUCGUUGGAGUGAACAAUCAUUUUCAAAGCAUAAUACUAGCUUGUAUUCUGCUGCGUGAUGAACAAGUGGAGAGCUUCCAAUGGUUAUUUUCUGAAUUCAUCAACAUGAUGGGCGGCAAACAUCCGCAGACAAUAUUGACAGAUCAAGCAAGAGCCAUGGAGAUAGCAAUCAAAAGUGACCUUCCUGAUACUGUUCACAGGUGGUGCAAGUGGCAUAUUCUUAAGAAGGCAAAAGAAAACCUUGGCCCACUGUACACAAGCAAAAGCGAGUUCAGGGCUGAAUUUCACAAAGUCGUGAAUCACAUGAUAAGUGAAGAGGAAUUUGAGACUGCAUGGGGUGCACUUGUUGAGAAAUACAAUUUGAAAUCCCACAAUUACAUGAGAAACCUCCACGAGAUACGUCCUAAGUGGGCGAAGCCAUACUUCAAGGGCGUCUUCUGUGCGAAAAUGACCAGCACCCAGCGUAGCGAGAGCGCCAACAACAUGCUGAAGAUUUACAUGCUGCCAGCUAGCCCAAUGCAUGUAUUUGUGCGCCAAUACAUGAGGCUUCAAUUCAACCGUGAAUCAGAUGAGAGCUACCAAGAGAAAAGAACAAGGAUUCUGAGUUAGAUUUACUUGCGUUCUCUAUCAUUACAUCUGUUUUUGGUAUGUGUGAUUGUGUUCCAAAAAACCAUGACUAAUUAUCUCUUUCAUGUGAUCCUUCCCAGAGUCAUGCCGUGAUGAGGACAAACAUUGCUAUCGAACGGCAAGCGAGUAAGGUUUACACAAGAAAGAUGUUUGAACUAUUUGGUGAGAAUCUGUUCGAAGGUGGAUCAUACCAAGUUGAGGAAGUGGAGAAGAAAAAAAGAUACAUCGCAAGGCACAAUGACGCUGAAAAACGAGAGAGGUGGAGCAAGGUGGAAUACGUGGUGACCAUAUCCGACGAUGGUGAUUGAUUUGAUUGUGAAUGCGGGCAGUUUGCACACAUGGGGAUGCUUUGCUGCCAUGCCUUGAGGGUUAUUUGGUGAUGGAUCACAUUGGCGUGCAGGAGAUACCAAAGCGGCACAUUUUAAGAAGGUGGACAAAAGAUGCUAGGGACAUCUUGCCACAACACAUUGCUCACUUCCAGAAAGGCCAGGCUGCUAAUCAAUCAUUUACCCGUCGGAGUUUGACUCUGUACCUGUAUGCUAUGGAACUGGUGUGGAUUGGAGACUCGUCAGUCGCUUCGUACGAGCUGGUACUAUCAAAGAUCAAAGACCUGAUCAUAGAGGCAUCUCCUUUGGCUGAAAACAGGGAUGGUUUAGGGAUUGAGGAUAAGAUAGCUGCAGAAGCAAGCAAAAAGAACAAUGGAUCAGGUAUGCCAGUGGGAAGCAUCAAUCCGGAUAUGGUUGACAAUGAGAACAACAUGACCGCAUCUGGCAACUGGGAUGCGCUCGCUGGUGUCAACUCCACUCAAGAAACAUGGUGUUGGACGACCAUGCUCGAGCAGAGAGAAAGCAACGUAUUAAGGCCUGAGCAGGAGGACUAGAAUCUACAGUAUAUGUAAGCUCCCAGGGCACAAGAGGACUACUUGCCCAGACAGGGGUGAUGUUCCUAAACAACCUCGCAAGCCUGUCACUUGCCAGAAUUGCAGUGUUACAUGGCACCGACGCACCUCGUGCACUAGGCCGCUCAUGCCCAAUGUAUCUUAGGAUUUCCGCUCAUGCCCAAUGUAUCUUAGGAUUUCCGUUGAACCUACGUACAAUUAGAAUAAUCGAGGAUUUCCAAGUGUGCUACGUGUGGAUGAAUUUCCACGCUUUGAUCCUACUGACUGUAAACUUGUUGUGUUGAGCUGUUAUGUCUGAACCGAUAACUCUGAAAUUCGCAAGCAAUGUACGAGAAA